UAAAAAAUUGUCCGAUAAAUCGAAUAUUGGAAACUUGAGUUUUUCUAUUAACUAAUUUUUUUAAUCUAAUUUAAUUUAAUUUGUUCCAAAUAAAUCGAAAAAUAGUAAAGAUGCAGUACCUCAUAAGAGACUGGCAUAUUCUCAUAAUCGUUUUGCUAUGUUACAUUCCAUCGUCGAUUACAAUCAACACAACUAAUAGUAAAAAUGGACUACAUCGAAAAUUCGACCAGGCUAAUCCAAUGAUCGAAAAUGGCCGGAGUUGUUAUCGCAAAUGUGAUGGAACACCUAAAAUUUGUUAUUUCCACUUUAAGGUGGAAGUCUAUGAAACAAUGAGUUGCGAGUGUGUGAAUGGCAAACUAGACGAUUGUUUCAAUGUCGGUUGCGUAACGGCAAAUGGUGUUGAACGUAAUAUGAUGACAGUAAAUCGUCAAUUGCCCGGAACACCAAUCAAUGUUUGCAAAAAUGAUCGUCUUAUAAUCGACGUAGAAAAUCGUUUGCACGGAUCCGAAUUGACAAUUCAUUGGCAUGGAAUUCAUCAAAAGGAAACACCCUGGAUGGAUGGUGUGCCAAUGGUAACACAGUGUCCAAUUGCUUCGGGAAAUACAUUUCGCUAUGAUUUCCAUGUACGCGAAUCUGGCACACAUUACUAUCACGCACAUUCCGGUCUUCAUAGAAGCAAUGGCAUUUUUGGUGCAUUAAAUGUUCGCCAACAAAAUGAUCCGAAUGCAGAAUAUUACGAUUACGAUAGAGCUGAACACUCGAUUUUAUUGUCUGAUUGGAAUAAUUUUUUGGCCGAAGAAAAUAUGCCAGGACGCCGAGCUUAUAGAAUGAAAACAGAAAGUAUUCUAAUAAAUGGACGAGGAAGUUUUAUGGAUAGAGAAACCGGAAAUUUUACAUUUGCACCAAUGGAAGUGUUUUAUGUUGAAAGAGGCAAACGGCAUGUUUUCCGCAUUGACAAUACUGCAUCACACAAUUGCCCAUUUGAAUUCAGUAUUGAAAAUCAUCGAUUGACGGUGAUAGCGACAGACGGUUAUUCGAUUGAUCCAGUCGUUGUGGAUCGUGUGGUUUCCCAUUCAGGUGAACGAUAUGAUGUUGUUAUGGAAGCAACAAACGAUUCAUUUACGAAAGAGACUUUAAUCCGAGUACGUGCACUUGGAUAUUGUUUAACAUUAGACUUACAACUUCAAGAAUUUGCUAGAAUCAUUUCCGUGGAUAAUUUGAAUAAUUAUACAGCACACCAUAGAGAUCGAGAACCAUUAAUUGAAAGACCAACCUAUAAAUCUCUAGAAGAUCCAACGGCAUCUUACUUGAAUCAUCCGGAAAUGAAUUGCGCCGACUCAAAUUCGAGUAGCAUAUGCAUUACUGCUUUACACCAAAAGCCGAAACCAAAUGCAUCUGCGGAAAACUUAAGGCAUGAAGAAAUCGAAAAACGCUUUGAAUUUGAAUUACGAGUCGAUUAUGAUACAAAACGAUUGGCAGCUUUUAAUGACUCGUUUUCGGUAUCAAUGAUAAAUAAUAUCUCGAGCACGCAUCCACCGGUACCGGUACUAACUCAAGACGAUUCUUCUCUUGACUAUUGUAAUGCUGACCAUUUACCAUCAAACUGUGACAGUCAAAAUACUUGCCAUUGCAUUCAUUCAAUUCCACUGGAUCUUUGCAAAAUCUAUGAGUUUUUCGUGUUUGACGGCCACCAUAAUAUAAAUGUACCCGUAUAUCAUCCGAUUCAUUUGCAUGGCUACGGAUUCCAAGUGCUUGACAUGGGAACCAUGGAACAAUAUCGAAAUGGUCAAACAGCAUUCGUAAAUUCUGAGCAUUUACCACCACUCAAGGACACCGUAAGCGUUCCACAUAAAGGAUUCGUUCGAUUAAGAUUUAGAUCAUGUAACCCGGGCUAUUGGUUUCUCCACUGUCACGAUCAAUUCCACGUAAACACCGGGAUGAUGGCCAUUAUUAAAGUAGGCGAAAAAUCAGAUAUGGUUCAACGACCGGACAAUUUUCCAAUUUGCGGAAACUAUUUGCCACCUUUGCCACUCGAAUAAAGAGUCUUAGGGGAGUAAGACGAACUUUUCCGCACG